UGCUAUGACAGAAUUGAAGGCAGAGUUAUGUCUUCAUGUCCUGUGUCAAUGUCCGAUGAAAGUUGAUGGCUGACCCAAUCUGGCUGGGUCUUAGGCAAGUUCUGAUCAAAUCAUCUUAUGUGGGGUGGAUGGAGUAACUGCUGAAUGACGAGAAGGUCUGGUCUAGUCUGGUGGUUCUUCAAUAGAGAACUAGAUGGAGGACACAUCAGAGACUGCACAGUUGAGGCAACCCAAAAUUCAAGAUGAUUGUGUCCAAAGCAGAUCCUUGGAAAUAAAGCGUUACAGUGAGAUAUUACGUGAUUUUGAUGCAAAUUUGGACCUGUCAUUAGCAUGCUCGACUGUGGAUGAGCUGCUGCAAGAUUCAGACUCACUGUCAGUAACAGACAUCUCAGCAGAUACCACACUGAAUGCUGAUCUGGAUGAAAUUACAGGUGAAGAUGUGGAAUCGUUGAAGAUCUGCCAUGGUGAGGAGGAUGACAAGGAUGGAGGCGUGAAUGCCCAGGAUGCGGACGUGACCCUCUGUCGCUGCGAGGGUGGCGUGGAACUCGCCCUGCAGUACGCCAAAAUGUGGUGCCGCUAUGCCAAAGACCUGCUGACCUGGAUGGACAAACGAAUCAGCUUGGAGCAAGAGUUUGCCAAGAGUAUAAUGAGAGCGGCAGAUGCAGCCAAAUCAUGCGUUGCUCAACAGGAAAUGAUGCCUCUGCAGUAUAUAUACACUCUGGCUCUGGAGCACGAUAUCAAUAGCAGCACAACAGCCAAACAAACUGCUGAACUUCUGCAACAGCGCUGCUACCAGGCUCUCUCGGCCAAGAAGAAUGAAAUCGACAAGUGGCGGCGGGAAUUCAAAGAGCAGUGGUCCAAAGAACAGAAGAGAAUGAAUGACGCAGUGUCUGCACUGAAGAGGGCGCGGCAUCAAUACAUGCAGCGUUGUGAGGAUCUGGAGAAAGCCAAAGUCAUGACUGCAAAAGCUGAAGAGGACACAGGGGGAUACAAGACCCUGGACAAGAGGAGGAAGUCAAGAGGUGACGCCCAAACCAAGGUUAUGGAGGCUGAGCUUCUGUACAAGCAGUGUGUGCGUGAUGCUAACAACCAUCAAGAAGUACUGGAGAAGGUGAAGGAGAGAAUCAUUGUCCACACCCGCAAGCUAAUCUGUCAAGGAGACACUGUGUUAAAAGAGGCAACAGUGAACAUGUUCUAUUACCAGCGGCAGCAGACCGAGCCAGUUCCUCUGGGGUACCAAAACCUAGAGCUCACCUGCAGGCCCUGUGAGCCAGGUGAACCCUACCUUCUUUACGUCUUAGGAAAGCAUCUGCCUGACCAGCCUCUUCAGAACUUCAUAUUCCAGGAGUUCAUUCCCCAGGGCAAGAGAUCCCCAACAACAGGCCGGCGAAAACCGAGCAACGCUCCAAGUUACCAAGAUUCAUAUGUGCUACCCGAUGAUUUGAAAUGCAGCAGCAGUUUAGUAGAUAGAAGGCGACAUGGCCACAGUGACAGUGACAGCAGGGGAGGGAGUCUGGAAUCUCUGUCCAGUCCAGCUCAUAGGAACCGUAAGUUGCACAAAGCCACCUCCACAGGAACCAUGUCUUCAGACGAUCUUGAUGAGAAAGACACUCUGCAGGACGCAGAGAGUGAGGAGGCAUUAGCUGACACCAAUGGAACGUUGUGUAAACCACGAACUGCGUCACGUGCCGCCUUGACUCACAGACUGAGAAAAAUGAAGAGCAAGAUGGUAAAAUGCAAGCAAUGCGAUACCUACAUCCUUGUCAAUGGGAUUGAGUGUGAAGAGUGUGGCCUUGCAGUCCACAGGAAAUGCCUGGAGGUGUGCCAGAUGGAGUGUGAGCACAAGAGGGGCUUUAUCUUUGGGGUAGAGAUCUCCCUGCUGCCCAGAGACAGUCCAGACACUGUGCCCUUCGUUGUACUGCGAUGUACUGAAGAGAUUGAGAGCAGGGCUCUCGGAGUUCAGGGCGUGUACAGAAUCUGUGGAUCUAAACCUCGGGUUCUUAAAUUAUGCCAGGCCUUUGAAAUCCAGAACGACCAAGUUGAUCUUGGUGACCUCUCACCUCAUGACAUCACCUCUGUUCUGAAGCACUUUUUCAAAGAGCUUCCAGACCCAUUACUGACCUUUGACCUUUACAACGACUUUAUCAAUGUGGGUAAGGAAAUUCAGAGGCUUAGUGAAAAGGACCACGUUGCAGAGACUGCUGGGAUUGUGGAGAGUAUUGUGGUCAAACUCAAAGAGCUUACUGGACGAUUACCUCUGUGCAACUACAACACAGUGCAACACAUGAUAGCCCACUUGAACAGGGUGGCAGAACAUUUUGAAGAUAACAAGAUGUCUCCAGGAAACCUGGGCAUUGUGUUUGGUCCCACUCUCCUGCGGCCCCUUGUGUCAGGGGACGUGUCGAUGAUUGCACUUCUGGAAACUAGCUAUCAGGCUCUUCUUGUGGAGUUCAUGAUCUCACACUAUGACAUAGUAUUUGGUCCCACAACAAGAUCAAGCACACCCCCUCCACCUCCUCCCACAGCACCCCUCCCAGAUACCCCACUCAGAGCUUCAUGCCCCCUUUCUCCUGCCAACAGUUCCCCUCAGGACUCUGAAGCCUCAUCCAGAGAACGUCCACGCUCUCUAGAGAACCACAGUAUCAAGAGAGAUUUAAGCGAGGGUUAUAUUUCUGACAAGUCAUCGUCCAAUGAGGCAAUGGACCAGCUGAGCCCAGAAGCCAAUGACAGAGCAGUCCUGGCUAUGAGGGCUGUAGCAUCUCCUCAGUGGUAUUUGGAGCAGGCUGCAGAAACUUCACAAACUCAAUCGAGUGGUCACUUCAGCAGGCAGCCAGUGAAGUACCACAGGCAGGGCUCGGCAGGAGCACAACUACUUCAAGCAGGCGCUCAGUCAAUGGAGGAGGAGACUUCUGACAGCAGGGAAGGACAACAGUCAAAGAGUGCCGACAGCAGUCGCAGUUCCUCUCCUGAGCCCGACACCCCCAUGAAAACUCACUUCCGUCUACACACUCCAGAGAAACCUGGCUUGGAGAAAAAGACUGGGAACACCCCUGAAAGUCAUACUGCACCACUUGGAGGAAGAAAAGGCACAGAAUUGGAUGAAGUGGUUAAAGCAAUAGGCUCUCCAUCCCAGGAGCAUUUGGACCAAAGGGCCAAACGAAAUAUCAACCAAUCAAAUAAUACUCUAGGGGGAAGAGAGCGGCAGCUUUUGAUCCGAUCCCUAAGGAGGUGUCCGACUGUGGAGAAAACAGCCCAUAAAGUUCUGUCUGGACUGAAGCUGAAACACAGUGACUCAGAGAACUCAGAGAAGGGCGAGCAACUCCAUUUUGUUUAAAACUGACUAAAACAAAACUAAAGUGUUUAUCUACUUAUGCUGUUCCACAAAUUCAUUGGAAUAAAUCCCAUUUCAGGAUAUACAGUCACAAGAUUUAGGUACGCUCUGAAUAUUUUAAGUUGUCCUGCUUUGUGAUUUAUGAAAUACACUGUAGUUAAAAAUAUCACCACUCUCACUUGACGUUUAAGGCACAGAUUUGUCUGUUUUUAUUUGUAAUACAUAGACAAAAAAUGUUACUCAACCUCUCCUGUUCAAAUGAUGCUGGAACAUGAUUCCCUUAAGAUGAACAUGCAAUAUAUGGUAUAAACAUACAUGCAAACAAACAGGCUACGUCUUCUUAUUCUUCAUCUUCUUCUUCGUCUUCAUCUUCUUCUUCUUCUUCAUCUUCUUAUUCUUCAUCUUCUUUGUCUUCUUUUUCUUCUUCUUCUUCUUUGUCUUAUUCUUCAUCUUCUUCUUUGUCUUCAUCUUCUUAUUCGUCUUC